ACGCCACUGGUUAACAAGAGUCCUUCAGUAAACGUGCAAACCGUGUUACGCGUGCGUGUUUGUCCAACAGUGAUCGGUUUGGACCCAGGGUUUGUGGAAAACACAGACUAGUUUUCUGGUUGAUAAUGCUGCUGGCAUAUCUGGUUGCUAAGAAACGGAUCUUGGUACUUGUUUGCCUAUGGUUAGCAUGUCUGAGUGUGUGCUUACGUCUCUUUCGAAGUCAACGCGUUUUACUGUCCAUGUCCCAACUACCUGGCGUGCCAGUCAAACCGAAUCCAGUCCAGGAUGAACUUAUCGAUGCAGUGCUCACAUUUCCAUUGCUGACCGAUCCUCACUGGAACAGCCACGGUUACCGCCACUUGACGUACCAACAGAGGGAAGCCCGUAUGGAUGAGUACAUUGAGAGUCUGGCGAACACACUGGCACACCCUCGAAUCGGCUCAGUCCACUGUCUGUACGACCAGGAAGCGCUGGUGGGAUACGUCCGCAGGACGAUCUCCAGCAACAAGCUGAAGUUCCACUAUCACAACGAGACGCACCUUGCCCUGUCUCUGUUCCGAUUCGCCUUUCAGUCCCUACACGGUCAUCUGGUGAUGGUCCUCCAGGCAGACACGUACCCUGCUCACGGCUUUCAGUACGUCGUGGGAGCCACCAUGCGGAAGAAGAACCUGUUCUAUGCCCUGACGAGACACGGCAAAAUGGAAGCCACUUGCGACAUGCACGGCGACUUCUGUGAUGAUCGAGAGUAUGUUGGGUCACAUGACGCCUACAUCUUCGUCCCGACGGGAGAGUUGUCGGCGAGACAUGGCGAUGUUCUCAACAAGAAGACGAUGUCGUGGGGUGUAGAUCUGGUGAUUGCCUGGGUGUUCGACGAUAUGGGUUAUCGGGUGCUCAACCCGUGCAAAGUGAUUUUCCUUUACCACCUGCAUUGCACGUGGGUACGGGACGUCGGGAGAGUGAGAGUCAACACGUUCAAUACCACGGGCUGGUUUCCACCUACCACGAGCUUAUCGUGAUCAUUUAAUAAUCAAAGAAAACGUAGUCUAAUAAAUAAAUAAAUAAAUAAAUAAAAAAAAAAA